CCUCUGCUGUCAGGCCCCGCCCCUUCUCUGAAGGCCCCGCCCCUCGGUCGGCCUGUUUUCCCCCUCCCGGCCGCCCGCUGAGACCGCUAAGGCUGCUACGGUGUUCGGAACUUGAGGUGAUGGGGCUUCCCGAGGAGCGGGGCCGGAGCGGCGGUGGGAGCGGGGUCCGGGAGGAGGCUGGAGCCCGGAGCCGGGCACGGAGUUGGUCUCCGCCGCCCGAGGUCAGCCGUUCCGCGCACGUCCCCUCGCUGCAGCGCUACCGCGAGCUGCACAGGCGCUCCUUGGAGGAGCCGAGAGAGUUUUGGGGAGACAUUGCCAAGGAAUUUUACUGGAAGACCCCAUGUCCUGGUCCAUUCCUCCAGUACAACUUUGAUGUGACUAAAGGGAAAAUCUUUAUCGAGUGGAUGAAAGGAGCAACUACCAACAUCUGCUACAAUGUACUGGAUCGAAUUGUCUACGAGAAAAAACUUGGCGAUAAAGUUGCUUUUUACUGGGAGGGCAAUGAGCCAGAGGAGACCACCCAGAUCACAUACCGUGAGCUUCUGGUCCAAGUGUGUCAUUUCAGCAAUGUUCUCCGAAAACAGGGCAUUUGCAAGGGCGACCGAGUGGCCAUCUACAUGCCCAUGAUACCGGAGCUCGUGGUGGCCAUGCUGGCGUGUGCCCGCCUUGGGGCUCUGCACUCCAUUGUGUUUGCGGGCUUCUCUUCAGAGUCUCUUUGUGAACGGAUCCUGGAUUCCAGCUGCAGCCUUCUCAUCACUACAGAUGCCUUCUACAGGGGGGAAAAGCUUGUGAACCUGAAGGAGCUGGCUGACGAGGCCCUGGAGAAGUGUCGGGAGAAGGGUUUCCCAGUGAGAUGCUGCAUUGUGGUCAAGCACCUGGGGCGGGCAGAACUGGGCACAGGUGACUCUCCCAGCCAGUCCCCCCCGAUUAAGAGGCCAUGCCCGGAUGUGCAGGGUAAGCUGAAAGAGAAACCCAAGCGCAUCUGGCCCCAGAUCUCCUGGAAUGAGGGGGUUGACAUGUGGUGGCAUGAACUCAUGCAAGAGGCAGGGGAUGAGUGUGAGCCUGAGUGGUGUGAUGCUGAAGACCCACUCUUCAUCCUAUAUACCAGUGGCUCCACAGGCAAACCCAAGGGUGUGGUACACACAGUUGGGGGCUACAUGCUCUAUGUGGCCACAACCUUCAAGUACGUGUUUGACUUCCAUGCGGAGGAUGUGUUCUGGUGCACAGCAGACAUUGGCUGGAUCACUGGCCAUUCCUAUGUCACCUAUGGGCCACUGGCCAACGGCGCCACCAGUGUUUUGUUUGAGGGGAUUCCCACAUACCCGGACGUGAGCCGCCUAUGGAGUACUGUGGACAAGUACAAGGUGACCAAGUUCUACACAGCGCCUACAGCUAUCCGCCUGCUCAUGAAGUCUGGAGAUGAGCCUGUCACAAGGCAUAGCCGGGCCUCCUUACAGGUGCUAGGCACAGUGGGCGAACCCAUCAACCCUGAGGCCUGGCUGUGGUACCACCGGGUGGUAGGUGCCCAGCGCUGCCCCAUUGUGGACACCUUCUGGCAGACAGAGACAGGUGGCCAUAUGCUGACCCCCCUCCCUGGUGCCACACCCAUGAAGCCUGGUUCUGCUACCUUCCCAUUCUUUGGUGUAGCUCCUGCAGUCCUGAAUGAAUCUGGGGAAGAGUUGGAAGGUGAAGCUGAAGGUUAUCUGGUGUUCAAGCAGCCCUGGCCAGGGAUCAUGCGCACAGUCUAUGGGAACCAUGAACGCUUUGAGACCACCUACUUUAAGAAGUUUCCCGGGUACUAUGUGACAGGAGAUGGCUGCCGGCGGGAUCAGGAUGGCUAUUACUGGAUCACUGGCAGGAUUGAUGACAUGCUGAAUGUAUCUGGACACCUGCUGAGCACGGCAGAGGUAGAGUCAGCACUUGUGGAACAUGAGGCUGUCGCAGAGGCAGCCGUGGUUGGCCACCCUCAUCCUGUGAAGGGCGAAUGCCUCUACUGUUUUGUCACCCUGUGCGAUGGCCAUACCUUCAGCUCCACCCUCACUGAGGAGCUCAAGAAGCAGAUUAGAGAAAAGAUUGGCCCCAUUGCCACACCGGAUUACAUCCAGAAUGCACCCAGCUUGCCUAAAACCCGCUCAGGGAAAAUCAUGAGGCGGGUGCUUCGGAAGAUCGCUCAGAAUGACCACGACCUGGGGGACAUGUCCACUGUGGCUGAUCCAUCCGUCAUCACCCAGCUCUUCAGCCACCGUUGCCUGACCAUCCAGUGAACAGGACCCUGCCCAUUACCAGGAUUCCCCCUGCUUGACUUUCCGAAGUUUUGCCCACCCUCCCUGGCCCCAUCCAGGAGUACUCAGGGCCUGUGCUGACCCACACCACCUCCCCGACGAGCCGUCUGGAGGACGAGCUUUGCCUCUGGGUGCAGGCAACUUCCUGCGACUGCCAGGCAGAUGGGACAGGGCCCAGGUCAGCCUCAGGCUACUGUGCCCCUAGACUGCAAAGAGCCAUUAGCGCCCAGGACAGGGACCUGAAGGUCAUAUCCCAAACCCAAGUUAAGUGUUCAGUGGGCAAGUGAGGGCAUAGACUGAAGCAGGGAAGCAACUCUGUAAUGCUAUGUCAGCUCUCUCAGGAAGCACCAGUACUUAUUUUGGGCAUGCACUUGCCCUUAGAAAUGCCUGUUUGUGAGUCCUGGAACAAUUGAUUAUUAUUUUUUUAAACACUUUGCUGCUUCUGCUAUGGGUCUGAAUUCCCUUUUGUGCUAGAUGGCUUGUCUGCCAUUUGUUCCAGAGGCUGUGCAGGCAGGCUCAGUUUCCAGAGGGUUUUCAGAUCAUUUGUGUCUUAGCAGGAGUAAAUGUGUUAUGUUCCUAGGACCAGAGGAGCUUGAUUUUCUUGUCCUCUUUUCCCACCCUCCCCUGAACAGAGUCUUGCCCAUGAGAGACAUUCUCAGACGAAGCUCUCUUUUCUUGCCUGUUGUACUCAAGCCCUGUGGUUGUAGGAAUAAAGUCUGUGACCUCAAGAA